GGAGCCCCUUAAGGUACGUGUUUAAAUAUUUUCAACAGUCUAAUACUCACUGCACCUCACCACUCGUUGCAGAGGAUGUAGAUUCAAAUAGAUCUUCUUGUUAAGUUUUCUACCCUAGAUAAAUAGGGGAAGUGCCAUGAAAGUGAGUCCAAUUGUCAUAGAUAAUUACAAAAAUGCAAUUAGAUUGCAUUAUUAAAAAAAAAAUGAUAAUUCUAUAAAGAGCAAUCUAGUGUAGAAGGUCACCGCAAUUGCAUGGUCUGAGAGGGGCAAAUAUUCAUAGCUUUACCCUUUGCUUCACUGGAGAGAUUGUUUUCGAGUUUUGAACCUGUGACCAACAUGUUGCAAUAGUAUAAUUUAAUCAUCAAGCUAUAAAUUGUGAUCUUCAUCAACAUGGUGGAUGCCCAUUACGAUUGAAAGCAUCUAUGCACACAUCCCAAGGAACUCCCAAUCAGCCAAUGCUCACUACACUGGUGCAACGGCAGCUGACAAUUUUCACCCCAAAUCCAUUCGAGUCCCAGUCGUUGGAUGCUGCGUUGGACGCCCAGCGCAUUGGUGAGUAUCUGGGCGCUACAGGCUCGCAAUGAGUUCGUCAAAGCUGCUCGCUAUCGAGUUGAGAAUCGGGACAAGUGAAGUUUUUGACUGGAGAGGUUCUCGAGAGGUUUAAGGGACCUUCUCUUCUCUUCGUUAGGUAACUUCAGAUUAUAUCUUUUCGGUGGCUCAGUGCUACAGUGAGACUGCUCUGUUGCCAUGCCACUUAGACCUAAUUGCUGCCGUAGCAAUCUAAACUCCACCUGCAUUUUUCCUCCGAAGCUACCUUCAAUCUCCAACUCUUCAAUUCAGUUCAAGCAGUUUGGCUUCUUGAAUGCAUCUUCCACUGUUAAAAGCUUCGGCUUGAGUUCGAGAGACGCGAGACUUCGUCGCGGAUUUAAACGGACAUGGAACCCUUAUUCUCCUUCGCCUUCCGUUCGCAAAAAAGGCAGUCACUGUUUUGUAAUAAGGGCAGCGGGCUCAGAUUAUUAUGCUACUUUGGAUGUAGAUAGAAAUGCGACGUUGCAGGAAAUUAAGACCUCUUACAAGAAACUUGCUCUCAAGUAUCAUCCAGAUUUGAACAAGAGCUCAGGGGCAGAAGAAAAGUUCAAAGAGAUUAGUGCAGCAUAUGAGGUCCUAUCAGAUGAUGAAAAAAGAUCUUUAUAUGAUCGAUUUGGUGAGGCAGGUCUGCAAGGAGAAUUUGUUGGAUCGGGUGUUGAUUCUCAGGGGGUCGAUCCUUUCGAUAUCUUUGAUGCAUAUUUUGGUGACUCAAAUGGAUUUUUUGGAGGCAAGGAGUAUUCAAAUAACCGCAAUCUGGGUCUUGACAUUCGGUAUGACUUGUCUUUGAGCUUUGAAGAAUCAAUUUUUGGAGGACAGCGGGACAUUGAAGUUUCCUGUUUUGAAACAUGUGAUAAUUGUGACGGUACAGGUGCAAAAUCUAGCAGUUGCAUAAAAUCAUGUACAGAUUGCAGAGGUAGAGGAGGGGUGAUGAAAACUCAGAGAACACCUUUUGGGAUAGUGUCUCAGGUUACCACAUGUUCAAAAUGUGGUGGUGAUGGAAAGAUAAUCACUGACCAUUGCCGAAGAUGUGGUGGCCAAGGUAGAAUACAAUCCAAACGAAGUAUUAAAGUGGUCAUCCCUCCUGGUGUGAAUAAUGGAGCCACCAUGCAAAUUCAAGGAGAAGGAAACUUUGAUAAGAAAAGGGGUGCAGCUGGUGACCUCUAUUUGUUUAUUCGUGUAAAUGAAAAACGUGGAAUUUGGAGGGAUGGUCUGAACCUUUACUCAAAGAUUAACAUUGAUUAUACUGAGGCCAUUCUAGGGACUGUUGUCAAGGUGGAAACAGUAGAGGGUCUGAGAGAUCUUCAAGUUCCUCAUGGGAUUCAGCCAGGUGAUACAAUAAAAUUGUAUCGAAUGGGUGUUCCAAAUAUGAAGAAACCUGCAGUUCGAGGUGAUCAUCUCUUCAUCGUGAACAUUGAGAUCCCAAAGGAUAUCAGUGAUACAGAACGCAUACUUGUUGAAAAGUUAGCUUCAUUGGGGGCAUAUAGGAGACACCACUCCUUUCCUGCCAAUGAUGAAACCAACCUUGGCAAACAUGACUCUGAAAAUGAACGGGGCAAUGCUUCAAGCAAAGGCACUAGUCAGUUUACAUCAUUAUGGAACUCGAUCAGAAACUUCUUGGGGAGAAAGCAAUCUAGCUCAGGAUUUGCAUCGUUCAAUGUAGAAACAUCAGCUUCAAUAUUAACUUGUAGAAGACUAAAUUCAUCACUUGUGAUAUCUUUUUCAAUGGUUUUUGUAUUAACAUGCAUCUUUUCCUUGAUGGGUAGGAUUGGUUCCCCUAAUGGCAGGGCCGCUCCACUCCGUGUAAAGCAACCAAAAAAUCCUCACUGAUGGAUCUUAUUGCAGUAUGUAGUUUGUCGUCCCAUAUUGUAAUAAAGAAUAGAAAUGGGGUGGACGAUAAUUUUAGUUUUUUUGCCAUCCAUCCCUCAAGUUCAAAGAAAAUAAAUUAUCUUCUAUAUGAGCAGUAUUCAUGAUUGAUUGAAAAUAAUUUGUAUUCUUUUCAAAA